GACAAAGUUGAGAGGUCGACAGGUAGUAACUGAGGACGCUGUCAACGAAACAAAUUCGCGAACGGACGUUAAAUUGCAGUAAGACUAAUUAAGCACUGACGUUUCCAUCUUUACCCCACAAGGGACUGGAUUAUUUCCGUUUUCGAGCCUGACGCCAGCUGAAGCAUGAUGCAUCCAGAGCGGCCCACAACAGGCUUCACCCUUCGGAGAAGACUGGCAGAUUCAGCCCCUCGGGGCACGUUGAGCACAGGGCCUGUACAGGGCCUGAUCCAGAGUGCCAGACCUCCUUGCGUCUGCCUCCUGCUCCCUAGGGUCCAUGCAGCUGACAUGGCUUCUGCCCAGCCUGCGCAGAUGCCCUCGUCUCCCUCCUCCACCUGUGCAGUUCCUCCACACCCCAUCACUGCCAGCGCCAUCCCAAACAACAUUGGCAAGCCAGAAUUCCCAGACAGGGGCUGGGACCGCAUUAUGGAUCUCUUUCAUAAAGACGCCACCCAGAGUUACCCAGAGGAGGUGACCAACGUGAUAAAAAGUGGGCUUGUGGCUUCCAUAGCGGGCUUCAUCUAUGGAGGCCUGCCAGCGGCUCGCCAUGCUAAGCAGAGGUACAUCCAACUGAGCCAGGCAGAACUCUACACUAGUCGUGUGGAAGCAGUGCGUUUGGCCCACAACGCAGCUGUGCGAGGUUUUGUGAGAUAUGGAGUUCGAUGGAGCUGGAGAGUUGCUGCAUUUGUUUCUUUGUUCAAUUCCGUCAGCACAGGCCUGUCAGUUUACCGGGACAAGUACACCCUCAGCAAUUUUGCCGCAGCUGGAGCUGUGACUGGAGGACUUUUCAGACUGAACCUGGGCCUGCGAGGCCUGGUGGCAGGCACCAUCAUCGGAGGAGUGCUCGGGAUUCCCACGGGCGCUGUGAUCAUCAGCAUGUACUCGCUGGCAGGAGAAAGUGCCCGAGAGAGGCGACGCCGAGAGCGCAGGGAGAUUUAUGAGAUAAAAGUUGCAGAGUGGGCGGCACGACUUCAACUGACAGAUGAGUUGAUAGGCGACCUGAAUGUGGGCUCACAGGCAGAGGGAACGGAACAGGACUUGAAGAAGAUCCAGGAGCUCCUCAGUUUACCACAGAAUGAUGUGAUUCAGGACUCGAGCAGCCAAUGACGGUGUUACCUGCUAAAUGACAGAGACUAAAAGUGCGACUUCACAUAACAUUGAGGGGAAAUUAGGUUUUUACUUGGACUUGACCCCUUAUCUCCAUUUGAAAAAUGGAGGAACUGAAAUUAUUUUCAGAACAAUCUAGGAAUCAGAAACCUGCAUACUCUACAUUGUUUCCUGAAUAACCACAAUAGCAGUUAUAGUACAUUAAGGUCAAACGGGAAUCACACGUGUGGACUGAAUCUGAGUAUUGAAUGUUAUUGAAACGUAAUAAAACAAAGUAAGGAGAUGAGGUGCUCACUGCAGUUACGUAGAAGGGUGUGUUUUACGUGGUACCUUCAAGUGCUCCUUCCCGUCAUCCGUUUUCGUUAAGCUUACGACUGCUUAGAUUGGCGAAUUUUGAUUACAACGUAGGCAAGCUAAAAACAAUAUGGACUGUUCAGUGAGUGAUAGACUCAACAAAUGAUGUGAAAUGCUGUGGCCCAAAUCAGUUCCAUGAUUUGGUGUCUGUUUUCAUGUCUUCCUUCUAUACAUGAAUAAAGCGGAACCGAAUGUUAGAUCUUUUAAGUCCAGUUCCCUUACCAUAUUGGUUACUGAUUGUUUUCACCUCUUGGGUUUGACAACUAGGUCAAAGGAGGGAGGAUGUGACUACUACAAUCUAUGGCUUAUGAUUGAGACAGUAGGAGGAAGCGCUACACCACAGCAGACUACACCUUAGGCAGGCAGUCGCAUGACUCCAAAUUGCCCGUAGGUGCGAAUGUGAGUGUGAAUGGUUGUUUGUUUAUAUGUGCCUUACGAUUGGCUGGCGACCAGUUGAGGGGGUACCCCACCUCUGGCCCGAAGGUAGCUGGGAUAGCCUCCAGCAGCUCCCUAGUGAGGAUAAGCGGUACAGAAAUGGGUGGAUGGAUCUUUAACCCUUAUCAUACAAAAGUGGCCUCUCUGGUGUUAUGGGGUCAUUGAACCUAGUAAAGAAUACAAGCUAUAGUAUGAAUCAUUUACAAGUUGUGAGUUGUUCCGUGGCUCUAUUUUUCCCAUCACACAACAGUCUGUCAUCCUACCAAACAGGCAUAUGCAUAGAUAUUUUUUUGGGGCAGGGCACCUUUCACCAAAAUUAUUCAUACUAUUAAGAAAAAAAAGUUGUAUAUGUUUAACCUAUGUAUUUUCCUCUAUUAAGACAUGCAACACAUGCAAUAAA